AGAGGUCACGGAAACAUGGCGGCGGCCGUGACCUUUCGGCGGCUGCUGCUCGGCCGGAGCGGCGUCGCGGCGCUGAGUCUUCCCCGGGACGUUCGGGGUUUUGGGGUUCGCACGGCGCCGACCGGAGAGAAGGUGACGCACACUGGCCAGGCCUAUGACGGUCAAGACUACAGGAAGAUCCGGUUUGUGGGCCGGCAGAAGGAGGUGAAUGAGAACUUUGCCAUUGACCUCAUCGCUGAGCAGCCAGUGAGCGAGGUGGGGAGCCGUGUGGUAUCCUGCGACGGCGGUGGGGGUGCCCUUGGCCACCCCCGGGUAUUUAUCAACCUGGACAAGGAGACCAAGACAGGCACGUGCGGCUACUGUGGCCUGCAGUUCCGCCAGGAGCCACACUAGCACUGGAGCUGGCAAUAAAGGGGCAUCCUCAGGC